AUGGCCGUACCAUUCACGAUGACUCGCUUCAUGGACUUGCCUCAAUUUUCGUCGGUUCUUAACCGCGCUAUCAGCGAGGCCGGUUUGCGCUUCAAGUCGGCUUGCAAGGUUUCACUCUUGUUCUCCGAAAGAUUCUGGGAGAAGGGCGAAAGACCUAUUUUUGGCGGCUAUUCUAAACCGGAUGACGAGGCCGUUGGAGCCCUUUACUAUCCCGUAUACGGCUUGAACGAAUCUCGUCCUGGUCUGAUCACCCAUUAUCGAGGAGGAGAUUGGAGUGAUAGAUUUGUCAGCUUCACCGAAGAAGAACAUGUAGGUCUGGUGUUGGAUGCGAUAACCAACCUCCAUGGCGAAAAUGUACGUGAUCUCUAUACUGGCGAUUACGCACGUCUCUGCUGGCUUGAGGAUGAGUAUACUGCCCCAUCAUGGUGCCGACCUGAUGUUCAGCAACACAAGCUGUACAUCCCCGCUUACCACCGCACGGAGCACAACACCGUUUUCAUUGGAGAGCAUACAGCUCCAACUCAUGCUUGGAUUAGUUCUUCGCUGUAUUCGUCUGUGAGAGGCUCUGUGCAGUUGUUGUUGGAGCUAGGGUUGGUUGAUAAGGCUAAGCAGCUCAACGAGAAAUGGAUGGGAAGAUGGAUUCAUGGCAAGAAUUAA